AUGCCGGCCAUGCGCGCACUCCUGACCACCUCCACGCUGCUUCCAUACGUUCUCGCGCGGUCGUGCUGGCGAGACACCAUUUGCACCGGACCACUCGACACCGCCUUUCCAGGGCCGUGGGAAGCCAAUAUCUACUCGCCAUCCUCUCGCAGUGUCUCCCCAGCCAAUAUCUUGUCAUUGGACAUCGCGGAGGUCAUCUCGUCUUACCCAGGUGCUUCUACUCUCAGUGGCAAUGCGAGCGCUUUGGUCUUUGACUUCGGUAUAGAAGUCGGUGGCAUCGUCCACAUCGACUACUCCACCAGUGGCGGUUCGGGUGCCCUUGGCCUAGCUUUCACGGAAGCGAAGAACUGGGUCAGUCUUGCUAGUGACUCUUCAAACGGCGCAUUCGGAUCUUCAGAUGCCUCUCUUCGCGGCAAUUUUGACCAGUCUUGCGAUGAUGGAGCCAUCUACAGCUACUUCUCCUCCGCCGGCAACCACAGCUACGAAAUGGACCUGCCGCACCUGCGUGGGGGCUUCAGAUACCUCACGCUCUUCCUGCUCACGAACAGCACGGAUACGACUCUCGCCCUUGGCGAUGUGACCUGCGAAAUCGGCUUCCAGCCGACGUGGCCCAAUCUCCGCGCCUACCAGGGCUACUUCCACUCCAACGAUGAAGAGCUCAACAGAAUCUGGUACAGCGGCGCCUAUACACUGCAGACCAAUGCUGUACCAACCAAUACUGGGCGAUGGAUCCCGGCGCUGACAUCUGGCUGGGCGAACAACGGCACGCUAUCUAAUGGCUCGACGGUCAUUGUGGACGGUGCGAAGCGUGACCGGGCGGUUUGGCCUGGUGACAUGGGCAUUGCCGUGCCAUCUACGUUCGUGUCUAUCGGUGAUCUGGAGAGCGUGCAGAAUGCUCUGCAGACGAUUUACGCUCAUCAGAAUAGUGAUGGAAGCUUUCCCGAGGCCGGGCCACCGCUGUUGCAACAGGGCAGCGAUACGUACCAUAUGUGGACGAUGAUAGGGACGUACAACUACGUGCUAUACACGAACGACACCGCCUUUUUGGAUCAGCAUUGGGCACAAUACCAAUUUGCCAUGGAGUACGUCUACGACAAAGUGCUACAACCUCUGGGUCUCUUGAACGUGACUGGCACGCGAGACUGGGCUCGCAACCAGCAGGGCGGCAACAACACAGAGGCCAACAUGAUUCUGUACCGCACGCUCACCACCGGCUCUUCCCUCGCAGAGUGGGCGGGCAACAGCACGCUGGCCUCGACGUAUACCGCACGCGCAGCGACCCUCGCGUCCAACAUCGUAGCGAGCACAUACGACACGAGCUACGGCGCGUUCAAGGACAACGACACAGCCACGUCAUUGCACCCGCAGGACGCGAACAGCAUGUCUCUGCUCUUCGGCGUCGUCUCCAAUACAUCCGCCAUGGCACAGAGCGUCUCCGAGCGCCUCACAGACAACUGGACGCCGAUCGGCGCGGAGACACCAGAGCUACCAAACAACAUCAGCCCUUUCAUCUCCGGGUUUGAGAUACAGGGACAUCUUGCGAUUGGGAAUACUGCGCGAGCUCUGGAGCUCAUCAGACGCUCGUGGGGCUGGUACCUGAGAAAUGCCAUUGGAACGGAGUCGACUGUGAUCGAAGGCUAUCUGACGAACGGGAGCUUUGCGUACAGAAAUUAUAGGGGUUACUACUACGAUGCCUCGUACGUAAGCCACUCGCAUGGCUGGUCCAGCGGCCCGACGUCGGCGCUUACUAAUUACGUCCUUGGUCUUGAGAUCACGGGGCGCGCUGGCAGUGCGUGGAAGUUCGCACCGCAGUUCGGAGACUUGACGAGCGUGGAAGGCGGCUUCACAACGACCCUUGGCAAGUUCUCGGCGGCGUGGAAUGUGACGGACGGAGGGCGGUCGUACACGGCGAGCUGGACUGUGCCGAGUGGUACAAAAGGCACGGUGAGUUUGCCGGCACUGCCCAGUGGCGGGAGUGGAAGUGUGGUGUGGGACGGUCGGCAUCGUGGGUACGUCGGUAAGGGUGGUAUGAAAGUGUCGUGCGGUGGCGGGAAGCAUAGCGUUCAUGUUCGGCACGUGUAG